UUAUGUGCUAUGUGUCAGUUAGGUUAGUUUUAAAAUAAUUCAAAAUAAUGGAUUCUUGAUAUUUUCUUCAGUAUUUAAUGUAACAUUGAGUCCAAAAAAUGCUUUUGGAAAAAUUCAGAUAUGUGUUUGGUAGAUACCGAUUCCGAUCAACACAUAAGCAUUUCAAUCGAGCAAUUACUGUUUCGGCAUCUAAAUAUAACAAUGAAAAAGAUAAAAAAGCUGUAAUCCAGUGGGAUAGUUUUGAAAAUAUGCAAGAUAAAAAUAAAAACACAUACCUUGAGAUGGUAAAAAUUUUCAUAAACCGUGACCACAUAUAUCGCAGGGGCCAUGUUGAAUUUAUAUAUUCUGCUCUAAAAAAUAUGAAAACCUUUGGAGUAAAUAAGGAUCUCGAAGUAUACAAAGCCCUCAUAGAUAUUUUACCUAAAGGAAAAUUUAUCCCAACCAAUAUACUUCAAGCUGAGUUCAUGCAUUAUCCUAAACAGCAACAGUGUAUCAUCGACUUAUUAGAACAAAUGGAAGAUAACGGGGUUAUGCCUGAUUUCGAAAUGGAAGAUUUGCUAUUGAAUAUCUUCGGAAAGAGAGGUUUCCCGCUUCGAAAAUUUUGGAGAAUGAUGUAUUGGAUGCCCAAGUUCAAAAAUUUAUCCCCUUGGCCGGUACCUGACCCUUUGCCCAAAGAUACUUUCGACUUAGCAAAAUAUGCUAUUGAACGUAUAAGUAGUGUUGAUAUUACCUCUGUGGUGACUGUUUAUCAGAGCGCUGACAUUCCGGACUCUAUAGAUGAUACCUGGAUAGUGAGUGCCCAGAGUAAAAAUCAGAAGCGUCUGUUGUCUGAAAAUAAAAUUGACGAACCUGUUUAUGUAGAAGGUUCCUUCAAGAUUUGGAUUAAGGGAAAUCCCAUCAACUACUUCAUAUUGAGAGGUAAACCGAGGCCGGUAGUAGAAAAAGACGUAGAUAUUGACGAUGUCAGCAAAUUGAAAGUAUCACUCUACAAUUUAAAGCCGCCAGUUGGAAAAUAUCUGCAAACUACUCCAUCAGUUCACGAACAAGAAGAUGGUGUGAUAUAUGCUGUGUGUGCUACUGGCACAUCCAGUAAAGAUUCGUUAUUAUCUUGGAUCAGACAUUUAGAAAAAGACAGUAACCCAAUAUUAGAACAGGUACCUAUCGUGUUUACUCUGAAGUCGGGAGUGAAAGAAUUAGCAAAUGUGCAGGAUGAUGAAGUGGUUGAAGAAACAGAAAAAAUUCAGGAGAAGUGAAAAUAUUGAAUAUGGAAUAACCGUGGGUUGGAUGUUACACUACAGAAUAGAUGCCUCCGAAGAUUUCGAGCUUAGGAGGAUGGAAAACUGUGUGGAACACAGAAUAACGGUGAGCAUAAUUGGAUUAGGAGCAUUGCUGCAGGGUCCUGGCACGUCCAGUAUUAUUCAUAACAUAACAAUGAAGCCUGAUAUUUUAUUGUUUUCAAUAUACAUUUUUUCCUUGUUA